AUGAAGGUCAAGGCCGAUCGUGAUGAGGCUUCCCCCUACGCCGCUAUGUUGGCCGCCCAGGAUGUUGCCGUUAAGUGCAAGGAGGUCGGCAUCACUGCCCUCCACAUCAAGCUCCGUGCUACCGGUGGUAACCGCUCCAAGACCCCCGGUCCCGGUGCCCAGUCUGCUCUCCGUGCCUUGGCCCGUGCUGGCAUGAAGAUCGGUCGCAUUGAGGAUGUUACCCCCACCCCCACCGAUUCUACCCGCAAAAAGGGUGGUCGUCGUGGUCGUCGUCUGUAA